AUGUGUUUUGUUGUGCAGCCAUGUUUGUUUUUUUUUCGCACGGCACAAAACAAAAACAAGACUGCGUUUGUUACGCGAACUUAUUUCAUUUCAGCUGUAACUGCUCGCGACUCAGCGUCAUCACUUGAUGAAGCUUCAACAACUGGGUCACACUCCCCAAUAAUAAAUUGAACAAUAAGUGUAAACAAUAAGAAACAAAAUAAACGUUAAGUUUGUAAGCAUCUCGAAUAACGUUCCGUUACUGAAUCUCAGUGCAGAUUAGUGGCCGUGAAUAAACAACAGGCGUUGAUCGAUAUUGCGCAUUAAGCAUAUUUUGCAUACUUUACUAGCCCAGCAGCAACAACAAAAGUAACGUCGUCUGUGAUCAAAAGUCAAACAACUUUUGUUUUGUUGUUUACAUGUGUAAUUCAGAAGAGGAAGAAAACAGCAGCUAGCAACAAGAAAUUUGACGUUAAGUCACAAGACAUAUUAAAUUGGCUCAAGCGUUGCAGUUGGAGGAGGACAUGCCAAGGCACUGACUGAGCCAAAAAGCCCGAAAUACCAAAGAUAGUUAGCAUAUAUUACCCUUAGUUAGGAGAAGAGAUAAACCACGAUCAGCAAGUGGACGAAGAAGCCGACAAACUCACUCACAAUACAAGAUGAAUGUCAGCAGAAAUUUCUUCGACGAGCACUUUGGGUUGAUCUACUCGAGUGUGGUCAAUCAGUAUGUGCCCGAAUAUAUCAAGAGCAUGGAGUACACGCCUUGGAUAUUCUCGCUGCUCGGCUCGAUUGUAAUUGGGCUUAGCGGCAUCUUUCCGCUCUUCAUAAUACCCACAGUCGAUAAGAUGGCUAAGGAGGGCUAUAAAGAUCCCGCUGAGUCCAAGUUUUUGCGACUAAUGCUCAGUUUUGCCGUCGGCGGCCUGUUGGGGGAUGUAUUUUUUCAUUUACUCCCCGAGGCCUGGGAGGGCGAUAAUCAGAAGGCCGAUAGUCAUCCAUCGUUUGGUUCUGGCCUGUGGGUGCUGGGCGGUUUGCUUAGCUUCACCAUUGUGGAGAAAAUAUUUUCAGGCUAUACCAGUGCCGAUGAGGAGAAUCCGCAGCCCAAGUGCGUGGAAAUAGCCAACUGUCUGUUGCGUCGUCAUGGCGGCAAGCUGCCCGAGGGACACACAGCGGAUAGCUGUGGUGGUGCCUGCGACAUUGAGGAUGUGGAUCAGGUGUGCUUUUUGCGCGAACGCGAAACAAAGGCACAGACCAAAAAGGAACCGACGAAAAAAGUGGCUGGCUAUUUGAAUCUGUUGGCCAAUUCCAUAGAUAAUUUUACACAUGGCCUGGCCGUCGCUGGCUCCUUUCUCGUUUCCUUCAGGCAUGGCGUCUUGGCCACCUUUGCCAUAUUGCUGCAUGAGAUUCCACAUGAAGUGGGCGAUUUUGCCAUAUUGCUGCGAUCCGGCUUCAGUCGUUGGGAUGCAGCGCGUGCCCAACUGCUGACCGCUGGUGCUGGUCUCUUGGGCGCUCUGGUAGCCAUUGGUGGUUCCGGCGUCACCUCAGCAAUGGAGGCGCGCACAUCGUGGAUUAUGCCAUUUACCGCUGGCGGUUUCCUGCACAUUUCCUUGGUCACAGUAUUACCCGAUCUCUUGAAGGAGGAGGAUCGCAAGGAGUCUGUCAAACAGCUGCUGGCGCUCAUCUUUGGCAUCGCCCUAAUGGGCCUCAUGACGGUGCUGUUCGAGCACUGAGCACCGUCCUCCAAGCAGCUCCAGCUCUACACUAUUUAGGAAAUUUCUUUUUAAAAAUUCUUUGUUAUUUUUUUCGGUCUCCCGCAAAUCAAAAUUGGUAACUGGCAGUACAAAUCAAUCGCUAAGAAUUUGCUGCUGUGUGCUAAACUAAACACGGCAUUACAUAUAGCUCGCUCCGUUUGUGUUAUGAUAUAAUAGUAGCCAACCAACCAAUACGAAUGAUAUUUAAACUAUAAACUACUGUAACUAAUUACGGAUACAUACACACAUAUACAUACAUAUAUUUUGUACCAUACGAAGUCAACAACAUUGCAUAGAUACAAGUGAAAAUAUAGUGCAUAUACAUCAUAUAUAUACAUA